AUGACGGGCGGCUUCCACCCACAUGGUCUUGGUCUUGGCCACGGUCACGGUCACGGUCACGGUCACGGUCAAGGCCACGUCCAGCACGGCGGCCACUAUGGAGUUCACGCACAGAGCGCCUAUGGGAGCGCGGUCCACUCGGGCUUGACGUUCGGUCGGCCGCUACCAAUCCGCGCCCCGGUCCUCCCUCCCGCCUUUAACCACCAACACACUGGCCAGCACCAGCACCAACACACUGGCCAGCACCAGCACCAGCACCAGCACCAGCACCAGCACGGCCGCACCUCCACGUUCAGCAUGGCGGACCCCGCGUUCAUGACCGCCGAAGAGGAGCAUGCCUACAUGCAGAAGCUGUCGAGCGAAUAUGAGCCCGAGGCCACUGGUCCGCUGGUCGGCGAGCGCCAGAGCAGCGCUGCCAUCACCACACAGUAUGCCAACGCCGAUCCUGUCUACAGAAUCAAGACGGCCGCCCUGCCCGGCAAGUAUGCCUACUUCCGCACCUGUCGCGGCGACGGCCACUGCGGAUGGCGAGCCAUUGCCUUUACCUACUUUGAGGCUUUGCUGCGCGUGGGGAGCGCUGAGAGAAUCGACGACGAAGAGGCUCGUCUGAACUCCAUGGGCAACCUGCUCGAGCACAUUGGCUACUCGCGCGACAUCUGGAUCGACUUUGCUGAUGAGGCCUUUGAGCUGCUGCGCAAGCUGGCCACCUCUGUGCAUGCCAUGGAUGGCGGUGCUGCCGACAUCCUGCUCCACUCCUUCAACGACAUGGGCAUCUCCAUGGCCAUCAUCACCUACUUCAAGGCAAGUCCGCUCCUGGCCAGCGCCUGGGUCCAGUCCCAUGCAGAUGACUUUAGACACUUCGUCCCCAUGGGCGAUGUCAAGGCUUACUGCGCCAACAACAUCGAGCCAGCGCAGUGCGAGGCCGACAACAUUGGCGUGGCUGCGCUUGCAGACGCCCUCGUCAAGCCUGCUGGCUUCGGUCUCGAGGUCUGGUAUCUUGACCGCUCCCCCGGCGAGGAGAUCAACCGCAGCUACUACGCAGAACCCUCGGAUCCCAUCCAUGCUCCCAUGCUGAGGCUGCUCUACAGGCCUGGCCACUACGACAUCCUCUACAAGGCCGAGGAUGUCCCUUCGCCAAUCCACCACCAGACUGUUGUGCCGCAACCCCCACUUCAAGUCAACUUUACCAACUUCGCAGACGAGUUCUUGCCCCAGGCCUCCAACUUCGGCGACGUCAUGAGCAUGCUUCCAGGUAUGGGCCGCCCAGGCCUCGGAGGCUGGGCUUCACUCUCGUAUGACUGCAACCCGAGUUCCGCCUCGCAGCCUCAAGUCACACCCGUUCAACCCUUCCCAAGCGCCUCCAUGUCUGCACCUCCUAUCACGAGCUCCCUGGACUUUGUUACACCGAUCCCCAGCAGUCAAGCAAACCAGUACAAUGCACCGCGUCACCACAGCAUCCAGCUCGACCAGCCGCCAAUCACGCUCCCGAUGCACCCUGCACCGCCGCCCGCACCUCCUGUCAGUAUUGAGAGAAGUGCACCCCUUGCUGUGGAAAGAGGCGGACCUUUCAGGCCAUCCAUGUACGAGUUGGAGCCAAAUUUUGGCUUUUCAAGUCAAGCGCAACCUUUUCAGACCUCGAUAUUUCGCAACUCGCAUUACAACACGGCGCAUUUUAUGAAUCCAGAAUUCCAACCUGAGGAGUGGUGCCCGGACGGAGAAUAUGCGACCGGCAAUAGAGGUCGCCACAAGCAUCCAUCCUAG